CCUUGUAAAAUUGAUCUUGAAAGAAUGUAUAGGCAUGGAAACAUUAACACCAUUCCUAUAGCGUUAUCUGAUUUCUUUGAUUUCGAUAUAACUCAAAAUUUCAAUGAUCGUUUUCCGUUUGUCGGUUUAUCCGGUUGUACCAUAAUUUAUGCCUUUUCUAAAUUCAAUGCACUUUCCAGUUUAUUGAGAAUUUAUAAUUUUAUGGGCAUAAUUAACAUUCGUAGCAAAACGAUGUUGUCUUUAGUGGGGAUUGCUGGAAUCGGUGUUUGUACUUACCUUUUGUACGAUAUGGGAAGAGUUAUACCUCGAAAAGUUGCCAAAAAAAUUAAACAUGAAUUAGUUCAGUCACAAUACAUUGAUCGUGAAGCUAAUCGUAUCACUAGACAAAGCC